AUGACCUCCAUUCAUACUUUGUUUCUUGUGAAAUUAUGGCCAAAUCUUGUACUUCCUGCAGGUUGUCGCUACAAAUUUUGCUUAGUACAUUUUAAAGAAGGAUCUGAUGCUGCAAAUUUCUAUAUGACAUACUCUUCUAGACAUAUUGCUCUUUGUAAGAUUUUAGAAGGCUUGUGUAUUCAAGAAGCAGUUCACAAUGGAAUGAAAGCUCAAUAUGUAACUUUUCAAAUACGACUUACUUCAUCAAAUGCUUGGUGCCGUUGUUCAUCUAACAAUGUCGCUGAGCAUAGCAAUACCACUGGACAUAACAAUACCGCUGAACAUAGUAGCACCACUAAACAUAAAGGCGCUCCUGAAUAUGAAAUUUCAGAAGAUAAGAAAGGCGUUAAAAAUUUUUUAAUGAAACUAAAGAAUGAGGCGGAAAAUGAGAUUAGAGCUUUUGACAUUAAAUACAAAAAAAGAUUAAGUUACUAG